AAAUUUUAUAAUUUGCUCUAAUAUCAUAAAUCUCCAAUAAAGUCUAGUUUACAAGAUCAUGAUUUAUUUCUAAAAUCUAUAUCAAUAUCGAAAUGGCUAGCCUUCUAACUCGUCACUUCCCGUGGUUUCCCCGUCCUCGGUUUCGCUUCAUGAAAUGGUGGACAAGAAAAACUAUGAGAUAAACUUAGGGGGAAAAGCUGGCGGUAGUGUAGGGGAAUUUAGGGGGAUCUACCCAAAAUUGAAAGAACCCAACUUAGAUCAAAGCUAAAAGGAUGAAAUCAUGGCUGUUUCUUACCUAAAAAUGCCCAGAAUUCGCACCCACAAACUGGCAAGAGCAGCAACCGGAUGGACAGAGCAAAGCAGAUCCGGAUUUCUGCAGAAAGGGGGUGUAAAGACAGGUCCGAGGUGCCAAGCCUCGGACUGCUACAGUAAUUCCUUUAUGACCGAAGCUCCGAUUAUCUUGCUUGGCAUGCCGCGUGGGUUCCUCAUUGGAUCCUAUAAAUACCCCCUCUGGGCCACGUCAAAAGCAUCGGAGUGUCUACCCCGAGUUCCACCUCGGGGCUUUGCAGGUCAUCCCGGAGUGCAAGCGCGGACUGAAGAAGAACUUCUGGUUUGGUGCAAUUACAUUGGCGCCGUCUGUGGGAAUCGAACUGAAAGCUUUCUAGUUGCUAUUUCAUCAUGGUUCACACUCGAUCAGUCUGAGCUGGUCCCAACCAUAUUCCCUCCUGCUGAUCAUGCAGAAAGGGGAGAUGAAAACCAACCCCAUACCUCAGCUCACAAUUCCACUUCCACUGCCAACCAAGACGUAGUGGCAGCUCAACUUACUGCCAUGCAGCAACAGUUUGGUGUUUUUCAGUUGGUACUAGCUCAACUUUUAGCUAGAAAUAAUCCUGGUGAUCCCCUCAUUAAUUUAUUAAACCCUGCUCAACAACCCCCAGCUCAACAACCCCCAGCUCCACAACAGAAUCCUCAACCGAUUCCACCUGCUCCCGCUAUUAGCGAAUCUCAGGGUCAAUCCCACAUAGCAUCUGCUCAGCAACCCAUCCCUGAUGAUGUCACUCGACGCCUCGAUAGCUUGGAAAAGCUAGUAGCUGAACAUCGAGGUGCUCCACCCCCACACCAUGCUGCCGAUUCUAUACCUCACCCUCUAAAUACCAACAUUACGCUGGAACCCUAUCCCAUUGGCUUCAAAAUACCACAACUGGAGACUUAUGAUGGGACGAAGGAUCCCGAUGAUCACCUGCAUGCUUUCUACUCUUGCAUGCAAGCUCAGAACACCUCUGACGCGUUAAUGUGCAAAAUCUUCCCCUCUACUCUGCGAGGUAAUGCUCGAACUUGGUAUUACAGUCUACCUCCUAGGUCAAUUAGUUCUUACACAGAAAUGGCAUUUGCCUUUGCCACUAAGUUUUCCAGUAGAAGGUUGAUUAGGAAAACUACUAUUAAAUUGAUGCGAGUUAAACAGAGGGACGAAGAGUCUCUGAAGAACUACAUGAGCAGGUUCAAUGAUGUGGUGUUGGAGGUUAGUUCCUUCGACCAAGCUGUGGGUAUUGCAGCUGUAAUCUCUGGUCUCAAACAUGAUAGGUUCAGAGACAGUUUGAUCAAACAUGCUGCCACCACUUUUAGCGAGGUGAACAAUAGGUCUCUGAAAUUUAUAACUGCUGAGGAAUACGCCCUGGCGCAAAACCCAUCUUCCUCUAAGAACCAGAACCCAGAAUGGAGAGAUGACAAUCCGAACCGAAAAAGGAUGAGAAUGGCGCAGAACCGAGGUCCGAUGUUGACCUCCCCAACGAGAUUCAGAAAGACGAACUCAACUCCCCCGCACCAAUCUGCAGGUAAACCUCCAGUUAAUUGGACUCCCUUUAAUCUGCCGAGGUCACAAAUUUUUAUGCAGAUCAAGAAUAAAAUGGAUUUAAGGCGUCCUGGCCCGAUGAAAAUUGCUGCUGCUAGUCGAGACCACACCAGAUAUUGUGAUUUUCAUCAAGAUCACGGCCAUACUACAAAGCAGUGCAACAGCUUAAAGUCCGAACUGGAAAGUUUAGCUCAGAAGGGAAUGCUAAAUGAGUAUGUUCAGAGAACUGAACAGUCGAGGUUUAUUAGAGAACAGAGGCCACAACCUCAAGGAGUCCGCAAUCCCUCAAAUAGGCAAGGUGUGGGAUAUCAGCAAACCCCAUCUCCGCUCCCACCACCGGCUAGAAUCAUACAUAUGAUUACGGGAGGCCUUGAAGCAGGUGGACUGAGCUCUAAGCAGCGAAAGCUGUAUGUCAGAGAGGUUAAACAUCAAAACCGAGCUCAGAAGCGGAAGAUUGACGACGCUGAAUGGAAGAACCAACCCAUUACUUUCACAUCUGCUGAUCUUGAUACAAUUAUUACACCCCACAAUGAUCCCUUGGUCACUUCUGUAAUGAUUAAUAACUGUGAAGUACAGCGUGUCCUUGUUGACACCGGGAGUGCACCAGACAUCAUGUACUUCCACUGUUUCGAGAGUCUAGGAUUAGAUCCAACAUUGUUGCAGAAGUAUGAUGGUCCUAUCUAUGGUUUCAACAACCAGCCUGUUCUGGUAGAAGGAGUUUUUACCCUCAAUGUGGCUUUUGGAAGUGGCAGAACCUAUGUGACUCCAGUCCGGUUCCUCAUAGUCAAAAUGGCGUCUUCUUUCAACAUUGUUAUUGGCCGACCCACGCUAACUGAAAUCCGAGCUGUGGUUUCCCAGUCUCACCUCUGUAUGAAGUUCCCAACUCCUAUGGGAAUAGCAACACUGCGAGGAAAUCAGGAGGUGGCCAGGCAUUGUUAUAUCACCUCGGUAACACAACCCAUGAAGGGCAAAGCUCAGACACUCGAGGCCAUUCCCCAGCAAAUUUCUGAUAAUCAGCAAGUUAUAGGUGUUGAGAUCGUAGAUAAUCGACCGGAAGAUGAAACCAGAGCUGCUCCGGUUGAAGAUGUUGAAGAAGUGCUCAUUGAUGACAGAGAUCCGAGCCGAAAGACGCAAAUCGGAACUAGAUUGAACCCAGAGGAAAGGGCAGAGCUAAUAGCUUUUCUUCGAGCUAAUAAUGAUGUAUUCGCAUGGAUUUCGGCAGACAUGCCAGGAAUUCCAAAUUCAGUCUCUCAACAUAAGCUCAGCACCAAUCCAUUGAAGAAACCAGUGGCCCAGAAGCGAUGUCUCUUCAGGGGUGAGAGGCUUCAGGCUAUUAAAGAAGAGGUAACGAAGCUCCUACAGGCUGGUUUUAUCAGGAAAGUUGAUUACUGUGAAUGGGUGGCUAACCCAGUUCUGGUAAAAAAGGCAAAUGGAAAAUGGCGAAUGUGCAUUGAUUACACAAAUUUUAACCAUGCCUGCCCUAAGGAUUGCUAUCCAAUGCCGAGCAUUGACAAAUUAGUUGAAGCGGCUUCAGGCAAUGAGAGGUUAAGCCUCUUUGACGCAUACUCGAGGUAUCACCAGGUGCCAAUGGCUCCAGAAGACAAAGAGAAAACCGCGUUCUAUGCUGGCGAUGAAAUUUAUUGUUAUGUCAUGAUGCCGUUCGGCUUAAAGAACGCAGGUGCUACUUACCAGAAAAUGGUAACCAUUGUCUUCCACGCUCAAAUUGGCAAGAAUCUGGAAGUAUAUGUCGACGAUAUUGUGGUAAAGAGCCUAAAAGCAGAAGACCAUCUCGCCGACCUCGACGAAACCUUUAACAACCUCAGAAAGAACAGGAUGCGGUUAAAUCCAGCCAAAUGCAUCUUCGGAGUCAAUCAGUCUAUUCAUUCCUUGAACCUCACUUCUGAUUAAUAAAUGUCACUUCACAUAUGAAAUGCUUUACUUCCUUUUAAUUCAUUUGUAGUGAUGUACUUGUUCUUAAUUUAUCUGAAGUAAUUUACUUCUUCUUAAUCCGUCUAAAGUGAUUUACUUCCCUUUGGUCCACUUCUGAAGUGAUUAACUUUCUUUCAAAUCACGUCUCAAAUAAUCUCAGUUCUUUUAA